CGUUUCGAAACAAAGAAGUGCGUCAGCGUUAUGCUGCACGCACGUCGAACGUGCCACUGUCGCAAUAUAGGUCCAGCUGCUCGCGUUCGACUGGUAGUUAGGGCACAGCAGCAGGGGCGGCCCCCGUCCAUUCCCAGAAGCCCUGUUCCACCGCCGCCCCGCCCUCCGUCUGGCUAUCCGAGCGAGCAGCGGCCUACGUAUCAAUAUGGCGAGCCGGGUGCGCAGCCAGGCGGCCCAGGCUCUCAACAUUUUGCCCCGGGCGACGCAUCCGCAGCAACACCCUCUCUGCGCAACAGUGCAGCCAACGGAUCCAGCAUGGGCUUAGGUGGCUAUGCACAGGCUCUUGUUGCUGCAGCAUUUGUGAUGGGCCUUGGUAUUGGCACUUGGUUUGACUCAGAGGUAGUCUUGACGCCGGCGAACGUCUCGAGCACGGAGAUCAUUGACCGAGCUGUUCCGAACGCGGACAUCUGCAUGGCGAACGGCUACUCUGCCUCCGUGCUCAGCAUGAACGUCUUCGUCACGUAUAACCCGUUCAACGUGUAUAUCUCGCAGCCUCAGGUCAAGGGUGGAUGCGUUCUGCGGCGCGCCAACGUGGGCCUGCUCGAGCGCGAAAAGCUCGUGACGCCCCACGACGUGGAUCUGUGCAAGCAGCGCAUGAACACGUUUGCGUACGUUGGGGAUCUCAAGAGCGAGCCGGAGGUGGAGUGCGUGUAUCACAGCGAGGAGGCUGAGAACCAGUAUUUGGAGGUCCUCGGCAAUCGGGCCAAAAUGUCUCAGCUGUUGAUGCAGCAGCCGACGGAGCCACUGGCGGAGAACCAGACUUAGAAGAAAAUCGAUGUGCUGGUUAAGUGCCUGGGACGAUGGGUCAUCUGGACCGGGGGGCCUAAAAUUAAUGGCCGCAAGGGGCACACACACACACACACACAAUAAAGAGUUUGGAUGUGGUGAGAAGACUGAUAUCCUCCUGCAUAUGUUUAUUCACUUCGUAGAGAAGACCAUGAUGGGCGCUUUGGAGCAUUUUUUGGUGGUGGCAUGCUUGUUUUCGUAUUGAGGACCGUUAGGCAUGCGCUGAGGUUGCAGUUGGAGUAUUCUCUGGGGCAACUUAGAAUUUAUUUAGCUGCUUAGCUGGAGAAGACAGAGGUGUAGAAGUUAGGGCCGGUGAUUUUUGUACGAAUUUCCAACAUGUACAGUACGAAUUGUCUUUGUAUCGGCCGUGCGCCGCACAACGGAUCGGCCGUGCGCCGCACAACGGCGUAUGUUCAAAUGUUCAGUCUGUGCACUCACUGUGGAACGGGUGAUAGGGCUGUUGGGACGAUCCUUUUGAACGGUUAUAUAAUAAUGAUUUCGC